CUAAACAAAAUAAAACGACAACGUUCCAAACUUCACAGGGUAUUUUCGUCCACAAUGGCCAUUAGGGUUUUUGCUCUCAACUGAUAUAUAAACUUCCAAAGUUGGCAAAUCUCCUCCUUCUCAACUCUUCGCAGUCGAAGUCUCUUAUCUCUCAGGUGGUUUCAGGACUACUUUUUCCGAGCUAUCAAAACAACCGACCAAGAUGCAGAACGAAGAAGGGCAAAACAUGGAUCUCUACAUCCCCAGGAAGUGUUCUGCUACAAAUAGGCUCAUUACCUCCAAGGAUCACGCAUCUGUUCAGAUUAAUGUUGGACACUUGGAUGCUGAUGGCAUUUACACUGGCCAAUUCUCCGCUUUUGCUCUCUGUGGCUUUGUUCGCGCCCAGGGUGAUGCUGACAGUGCCCUUGACAGGUUGUGGCAAAAAAAAAAGGUUGAAGUCCGACAACAAUAAGAACCAUGAUAGCAGGUUGUGCUUCUUCUUGAGCAGUUCUCUCAUCAAGCAAGGGGUGGAAAUUUUAUAGGGAUUAUGAUCUGUUCUAGUUUAAUUUUAUGGAUUAUGUUACAAUAUAUUGUUGUUCUGGACAAAACUAUGCAAAUUACUUAGUUUCCCGUGUUGGACCUAAGAUUUCUGCUUUUAUUAUAGCUAUGGAAUGUCCUUGUCAA